CACUGCAUCAUUCCUGCUUCUCCGCAGCUGCCUAAAGUUCCUCCCUUUAUAAAGGCUGUGCACCCUCGCGCGGGCUGUCUCUAACCCAAAUUCUUUCUCCUUAAUUAACCUCAGCAUCAUGAUUGAUCCCAUCCAAGCCAUGAAGACUAGCGUUGCUCCAAUCCCCAGCGUCGUCCCAGACCGCCCCGAGUACCAGCACGUCCACGAAUCUGGCUCACGGACACUAUGGGUCGUCUUCGUGAUCAUGAUCAUUGCCUCCAUAGCAUUUGCGGGCAUGUCCUGGCGGGUCCCUGUGUCUAAACGGCUCUACUACGUUUUGACAACCAUGAUCACCAUCUUCGCUUCCAUAUCGUACUUCGCAAUGGCAACCGGCCAUGGUAUCAGCUACAACCACAUCCGGGUCCGCGAAUCUCACCACCAUGUCCCCGACACUUUCCACGACGUCUACCGCCAGGUCUUCUGGGCCCGAUACGUUGAUUGGAGCGUUACCACGCCGCUCCUCCUCAUCGACCUUGGCCUUCUCGCCGGUCUCAACGGCGCACACUUGCUCAUGGCUGUUGUUGCCGAUGUCAUUAUGAUCCUUACGGGCCUCUUCGCUGCCUUUGGCUCCGAGGGAACGCCUCAGAAGUGGGGUUGGUACACCAUUGCCUGCAUUGCAUAUCUGGUCGUUGUCUGGCAUCUAGCUAUUAAUGGGCGCGUUACUUCGAAGGCCAAGGGCUCUAAGGUUGGAAAGUUCUUCAUCGCGAUUGCAGGUUUCACUGUCAUCAUCUGGACUCUCUAUCCAAUUGUCUGGGGCAUUUCGGAUGGCUCUCGCAAGAUGUCUGUAGACUCGGAGAUCAUCGCCUACGCUGUUCUGGAUAUUCUUGCCAAGCCAGUGUUCGGCGCCUGGCUCUUGAUCACCCAUGCCAGAUUGCCAGAGACAGACAUCGACCUUGGCGGGUUUUGGUCCAAUGGCCUCGGCGGCGAGGGUGCGCUUCGUCUCAAUGAUGAGGACGGUGCCUGAAUGUCGGUCACGGCCUAGAGGACCCGGGCUUUUCCCUUAGCACAGACUGGAAAAAGUAAAAGCAGUUUCUGAUUGAUACAGCGUUGAGGGGGCUUAGUGUUUGGAGUGUUUACUCUCUUCAUACUGGCCAUAAGGUUUACAGAUUAAUUGUGCAAUGAAUAUUAAGUAUGCUUACGCGUCUCCCAUCAACAUAAGAAGCGAGAGUAAUAACAUCACUCGCACGUGUCUUAAAUUGGGAUCCAGGAGCAUAUUCUCAUAAGUGUCCUAGUUCACGGCUUCAAGCUGUGGAUAUAUUGUUGUGCCAUAGUGAGCAGGGUAACACACCACUGUAAGUCUUGUAGAUGGCUCGGCUGAUCUGUACAACCCAAGCGAGGUCCCCCC